AUGGCGACUUCUGAGAUGUCGCAGUGGCUGCAGACGGCCACAAAGAAGCGAACGAUACGGGACGAUGCCAUACAGAAAUUUACCGAUGCUCAAGCAGCGCCAACCGAGCAACCCAAUGGAAGCAGCGAAUCUCAGAGCAAUCAAAACUUGACAGCCAUUGGCGAUGCCGAAAUCAUCCUUGAGGCCAUUAUGUCGCGUGCUGUGACGGCAUCGCAGCUGCUCUCUGCCUAUAUCAACCGCGCCAUAGACGCCCACCAACGAACGAACUGGCACGUGCUCAACUGA